UUAUUUUGUUCAUUUGUUUUGUUAAAUGUUGCAUUAUUUUAUAGAAUUUCCUUUGUUACGGUUGAAGUGACAAUUAGAUAACCAAUUCUUUGUUCCAAGAGGUUAACAGUAUUUGGGCUAAAACUGAAAAUGAAUUAUUUGAUUAAACUGCCGAAAGAGUUGUUGACGCGUUUAAAAACUGUGCUAGAGUCAGGGAGUGUGGGGAACGCUUCAUCGUCUGAUGAAGAAUUGGAGCAGUGGGAGCAGAUAUUCAUGAUGCGAGAUGAGAAUGGAAAUAGUUACAAUGAUAAGAGAAAGAAACGAAGCAUUUGGUGUCGCCCCUCCUGCAUACCAGUAUCGAUAGUGAUUGUUCUAAUAGUGCUGGUAGUAUUGGUGCCGUUGCUUGACCAGCCCAACGUGGUGCAGUUGGCCACUCCCAGCACUCCCGUCGCUUUGCAUUGCUCAGAUGAGUGUAGGUUAUCUUUAGUUGAGAGUAUACCGGAGGGCCAUAUGUACCCUCCCAACAUGACACACCUUCCCACAAAAAAUGUGUGGUUAGAUUUAAUAGAUGAAGCUCAAGCAUCUAUAGAAAUAGCAUCCUUUUACUGGAGUCUUAGGUUUAAUGAAGAAUAUCCAUAUAAUUCCUCAAUUGAGGGUGAGCAAGUGUUCCAAGCUUUAUAUGCUGCCGGGUCAAAGCGAAAUAUUAAUCUGAGAAUUGCUCAAAAUUGGCCCACUAAGUUAUAUCCUAAUAUAGAUACAGAAUAUUUAGUUAAGAAGAAAGCUGCACAGGUGCGGAGUUUAAAUUUCUCAAAGCUCCUCGGGAAUGGUGUAUUGCACACCAAAUUUUGGAUUGUAGAUAGAACACAUUUUUACAUUGGUAGUGCCAACAUGGACUGGCGGUCUCUAACACAGGUGAAAGAGCUGGGUAUAGUCGCCUACAAUUGUUCCUGUCUUGCCACGGAUCUGGGCAAGAUAUUUGACGUUUAUUGGAGUCUAGGAGCCCCGGAUGCUGUUGUCCCAGACAGCUGGCCUGCUGAUCUGGCGACAGACAUCAACAUCGCCCACCCCAUCAACAUCACUGACUCGCAGCGAGCGUACGGCGCCUACAUUACGAGUUCCCCGCCUCCUUUCAAUCCAUCGGGCCGCACAAACGACGACGACGCGAUAGUCUCCAUAAUGGAAACUGCUGAGGAGUUCAUCUACAUAUCGGUCAUGGACUACGCCCCUGCUCUCGAGUUUGCUCCUAAGUUAAAAUUCUGGCCGAAGAUAGACGACGCUAUUCGCCGCGCGGCUCUUGAGCACCGCGUCAAAGUGAAAAUGUUGAUCAGUUGGUGGAAACACUCGCACGCGUCCGAAGUGUACUUCCUGCGGUCCCUGAUCGCACUCACGCAGUCUUACCCCAGAGUGGACAUACAGAUAAAACGUUUCGUCGUGCCUUCUACACCGGACCAAGAGAAGAUCCCCUUCGCUCGAGUGAACCACAAUAAAUACAUGGUGACUGACAGAACUGCUUACAUCGGCACUUCCAAUUGGUCCGGGGAUUAUUUCGUAGACACUGCGGGCGUCGCGUUCGUAUUCCAGGACGAGUCCCAUGGAAUGUUCCAGAACAUAUCGCAGGACAUUAGGAAGGAACUCCAAGAGGUCUUCGAGAGAGAUUGGACUUCCCCCUACGCUGUUCCCAUGAGGUUAUAGCGACCUACUAGAAGUAUAUAAAUAUACUCUUUAUCAACUUGUAUUAAUUAAGCCACCCACUUGCAAUAAAUUUGCUAAAUCUCGAUUUCACUAAAACUAAUUUUAUCUCAUACAAUAACUCAAAUCUAGAUUUAAAAAUUGAAAUUAUUGUCGGGACUAAAUCUACUUCUAGAUAUAUCCAGAAUUUAGCAAAUUUGCUGCAAUUGGACCUAAAACUGUUUUUCGUUUUUCCAAAGAUUUGGAACACGAAAUGUGGUCUAUAGUCGAAUAAUCUUGCUCAAGUUGUAUGAUACUGUCGCUUUUGUGAUAACCUAAUAACGCAUAGUUUUCUUUAUGUCAAUAGCUUCAUUAGUUUUGAAUAUGUUUAGUUGAUUUGCAGAUUUGAUCGGAAUAAAUGUAAGGUAAACAAGUAUUGUAAGUUCGGCUGUGUUCAAAGAAUUAGUAAAAAAUAUAUAUAUUAGUUUUCGGCAAUAUAUUUUAGUGAAAUGUGCCAAUCUCUUGUUAAAUAAAAAUUUUGAUGUUUGCACGCUAUUCGACUAUAGAUGUAAUGUCGUUUAGUGAUAUCACUUGUAAAUAUACUCUAAUCUUAUCAUGAUAUUAUUAAUGGAGUAGGAUUGAAUUUCUUUUGGCAAAUAUUAUUAAACAUCUUCCUACAAGUCUUGAUUUUAAAUCUCUCGGUGUGUACUUGAUGUUUAUGUUAAAAAUUGAACACAGUUUAAAGUUUGAGAAUGUAGGUGAGAUACUUUGUAUGUUUUUAUGACUUGUUCCUUUUUAUAUGAAUAGCUUUUUUUAAACUUACGAAAUCUUGUACAAAAUACUUAAAUGCUAUUUUUUAUCUAUAAUAAUGAAUGAGUAUUAGUAGAGUAAGGGGUCUUUAUUAUGACAUCUUUGUUUUGGCAUGGUAAGUAUAGAGAGAAGCUUUUAAAGAAGACCUUCGAUAUUUUCUCAAUUUUGUACCUUGGUACAACUUAUUUAAAAAAAAACUUAAAAUUGUACUUAAAUAUAUAAAAAGACUCAUUUAAAAAUCACAAUAAAUUACAGCUAUUACUAUCGGUUUAAAUUUAUUUCCUUGAUUGUGAUUGGUAGUAUCAAAAUCACGUAAUUUCCAUAGCCACUUGUUGCCAACUUAAAGAUGUACGUGUCGCCAUUAGUUUAAAUUUUUGAACAACAUUUUUAUCGAACUCUAUUAUAUUUUGGAUGUAUUCGGCAUAUUUUUCUACACACUAAUGCAUGAUGAUACUUGAGGUACAAAAUAAGGCAGAGUUGUAUGGAGAAAAGAAUGGAUUUUUCCUCCGAAUUUAAUUAACGUAUAGGAAAUUGUCAAGAAAGAUUUACAUAGAAAAGAAAUAGUGAAAAAUUGCAGAGCAAUUUAAAACUACUGGGCAAUAUGAUCCAAAUUGAUUUAUCUUAUUAUCACGGAAUUAUUUCACUACAAUCGACUCAUCCAUCACAGAUGGUAUAAAUACCGAAAAACUUUUUGAGCAAAAGCACAAACAAAUAAACUUGCGCAGUGGACGUGUUUGCAUGUAAAAUUGCUACUGCGCAGGUUUCCUUGUCUAUGGUCGUUGCUCUCUAAGUUUGCCGGGGUGUUUAUUGAACAUUGACGAUUAAUUCGCUCACCAUGCCAAAACUUAACUUAAACUUGACUUUAAACAAAUUGCCAUAUUUAUCGUAUGACAGUCGUGUGCCUUCGAUUUUGUAUAAUGUAUGUGUGGAUAAAUCUCGAUUCUAAACUUGAUGUCUUAUAUCUUAUAUCUUGAUGUUAUAUCUUUGCGCAUUCGAUGCGAAUUCUAUUGUUAAUAAAUUAUAUGUCGCGAUCAAACGACGAAUAAAUGAUGUUGUACAGACAGCCAUAAUGUCAAGUUAUUCAAAUUAGUCUUUAUACGUCUUAAUAUAAGAUUCAUUAUCGAUUUAUUGAUUUGAUCUGUUUUAGCUAUUAAAACCUGUGCACUUGGUUUUUUUUUCUACGUGCAAUUUACGUUUAAUUCCAAUUUACUUAUACACGGUGAAUUUUGAGUGAGACGAACUUCUUAGUAAUCCAUGGAUUUGUAGGAAGGCCAAAGGAGAUUUUCUCUCCGAGCUGGGUGAUGGUAGCUCGGGGGCCGCGGCCCGUGUUAUGUCGGUCGGGCAUUGUAUAUAUGGAGUGUUAGCCUCCGAAUUUCUCUUGCGCGAUGUAGGCUUCCAUACGUUGUGAGCGCAGUGCCGGCACCGCCAUGUCUUGAGGAUGGCGAGUGACUAUUUUUCCAUGUUGAUUAUAUGUGGGGCAUGUAGAUGUCGCCGCCACAGAUUCAGCGUGCGGGUGCCGGGUCCAUCGUGUGGGAGAUAGAAAAACUUUGAGCUGUUCCCGAGACUUGCGACCCAGGGGGUCAAUCGCCUAACGGGAUUGCUAUGGCUACCGAAGGUUUUCAAAUGCCUCGCGCUCUUUUUUAAAAAAAUGAGCGUGAGGUACUCGAAAGCCCUAAACGGUCAGAAAUAACAAAAUGAUUUCGUAAGCGGUAGCGAUAGCCAUAGCAAUUCUGUUAGGCGAUUGGCCCCCUGGUGUAGGUUUAAGGAGGCCCCCUUUAAGAUGCGCAUCAACGCUCACCUUCACUUAUCGAGUUGCCCGCCCUUCCUAGCCAAAUAUGCUAUUUAACAAGUUUUAGAAAACGAUCUCACGUUAUUAACUAAUAUAUAAAGAGUUCAUAAAAAGGAUGGAUAUUUUAAAUUCUGUUACGUAAUUCAGUUUAAAAAACUCAUUUAGAAAUUCAAUAUUCAAGGCGCGAAAACGUUUAUCUGGCGUCUACAUUAUGGCGUCUCACUAGUGUUUGACGUCACACUACUGUCAUUAAAACGUCAAACGAUACAUUGUAAUGUCACUUUGGCGGGAAGUUUACUAGCGUGUGACAUCAUUUUGAUCUUGGCCAAUCCCAGCCGUUUUCGAUCACGUGACCAUGGAGAAAAAAAAUAAUGAUUUUAAAGAAAAGUUAUUAUUUGUUCCUUCAAAAUAGUAUAAUCUCCGCUAAUAUUAAGUACAGAUGCCAACAAUUGGUACAUUAUUUUUCAUACUGUCAAAUAGUCUAUUUGAUAAGGAACCUGUUAGCGCAGCCUUAGUUACUGGUUCCAAAAUUGAACUUCCUGCAGUCCUCGACAGGCCUAGGUCUUUUAGAAGGUCAUAGAGAGAUUUUGCUGGUAUACCUCUCGCUCCUACUUCUACCGCAUACAAAUUAACUAUAUAUCCAUUUUUGAGUUAGUUCAUUGGUUAGAUCGUAAUAUUUUUUCAAUUUUAUUAUGUGGUCUUUUGGAAUGUUAGUUUCCCACGGUACAGUAAGCUCUAUUAGUACUAUAUGUUUGAUGUGUGAAAAGAGGAAUAUGUCCGGCCUGUAUGACGAAACACCAAUAUCCUCUGCUAUUUUAAAGGGCUUUUCAUACGUAUCAAUUAAAAUAGUCCAGUCAUGUGCAGUACCUAGGAUAGAGAAAGGUUUGGAGUUAACAGUUGAGCCUUCUUUUAUAAACUUAAUUUGUUUUUUUAUUUGUGGGUAAUCCUUUUUGGGCUCUAGCUACUGCAAGACUUGCUGCUUCACGUAUGACCUCAAGAACUCUACCGUAGCGAUGUGAGUGAUCAUCGACCCCUAUCAAGGAACACCUUGCAACCUACCAAUAUGUGCCUAGCAGUACCUAUUGCCUCACCAAAAGUAUAGCGAUGUUUCAGAGGUUUUCCCCCAUUUUACUAGGUUACUCUGGUUUGGGAGGGUCAAUUUGGCAAAGGCAUUGAGAUAAAAUUUUAGUAGAGCAGGAGACCAAUCAUGUAGUAAAGUGCGCCACUUCAGAGCUAUUGGAAUACGGAACUCUCCUAUGGUUAUCCACUCACUUUGCAUUUCCAAUUUGAUUGCGUGUACUUUUCAUUUUCGUCUUAUUGUAGGAAAUAUUUUAUUAUGUCUCGAUCCACCAUUUUCUUUGCGGAACCCAGCCCGACUCUAUGAAAUUGUACACCUGCAGAAUCUUAUGAACCUGUGCAAAUGAGAAACUUAAAAAUCGUUUAAGAAAAGUAAUGCGAACAGUAAAUGUUAACAAAUAAACUUACUACAUCCCCAUACAAAAAUAUUGAUUUAUACCGCUUACAAAAUAUCCUAAAACGGCGCAAAUUUGUAAAAAACAUACCUAGGUAUUUAAUAUAACCUAAAUAGUUGUCUGAAUUAGCUAGUAAAGGUUCUCAGGCAACUCAAAAUUCACGGUGUUAUACAUUGCAGUCUUCAACUUUGGCAUAGUAGAUGCGACGAUGACAACACGUAGAAAAAUACCGGUGUAUUUAGAUCAUUAGCAAUUUACUCGAUUCUUGCUAUAAUAAGUGAUAUUCUUAUCUAAAGAUUUCCAAUACGACGGAAAGAAAUUCCUGGAGCAUUCUUAAUGAAAAUGUAUGCAACUCUUUUUUUGUUUGACCCACUAAAUAAUUUUUCUUUGAGAUUAAGAUUUCUGAUGUGUACUUUUUCCAGGAUUCUAUAUCAUGAAAGAUAAAUAAAUAUUUGUUUCUUUAACUGAACUUUUUCGAAAAACAGGCAAAGUAGUCAAACUAUUUACCUUCUACAGUGCAAAAUGUUAAAAUAAAUCGAUCUUUUAAUUUUGUAAAUAAAGUUACGCACUCUUCUA